AUGAAUGAAAGAUCAAAUGGGACAUUCAAAUUGGAUAAAGAACCAUUUCAUGGUCAUCAUGAUUGGGAAGGAAUGGAUAAUGUGGAACAGGUUGGAUGGAAAGACUUGAAUGAUCAUAUUGAUUCACAUGGUAAGAAUGUUAUACGUGGUCUUGAUGGAGUAAAUGGUAUCAAUGUUCUAGACGGACUAGAUGGACUAGAUGGACUAGAUGGACUAGAUGGACUAGAUGGAUUUUCAACUCAAUAUGGAGCUUCGGCAAGUUCACCAGGUGGUGUAAGUGGGAAUGAAAGAGGAGAAGAUUUGUUCGUUUCUGCUUUAGGAGAAAUGACAGAGGGUGAAAUUGGACCAGAGUUGAAAAGGGGUAGAGAAGGUAGAGAAGGGUGGGAUGUGAUGGAUAGAGUACCCACACCCACACCUGGUCCAUCCCAACCUCGUCCUUCUCAUCUAACUCGGAAAAUCACACCUCAUAAUCAUCCACCAACCUCACGUACUGUCCUCCCAUGGUUUCUUCCUUUCCCUUUCGCCCUCUCUACUAGCGUGAACGACACACGAGAUAAUCAUCUUGGACAGUUCUCGUCUACUGGAAGUCAAGGAAAGGGGAAGAAACCAUUGAUAGGGAUUCAGAUAACUAGACAAACCUGUGAGGAUAGUUUGAUUUUAUGUAGUGUAGGAUGGGGAGUUUAUGUGUUGGUUAGUAGAUGGGAUGAACGUGCUGUUGCUGGAGAAAUCGCCCUCCUCGUCGGUUUAUCAAUACUUUACAAAAUCAUCCGACCAUCUUCCCCCAGACCAUCCGUCUCCUCUCUACACCCCAUCCCCCGUCCUCAUUCCCCCGCCACGUCAUCUUUCGCCAUCUCACAUAGUCACAUGCGAGACAGAUCUAGUCGAUCUUCUCAUAGUUACGGUCAAGCCACUGCCAAUGGUAUAAAAGAAGAUCUACGACGAUCUUUACCUCUUCACGAAGAUAAAAGUAAUGAACGAAUGGAUUGUAGGGGAAGUAUAUGGGGUACAGAUGAGCGCGAAUAUAGAGACGGUGUGGACGACGGAGUUCUUUCCGCUUUACUCCUCGGUCCACUCGUAGCUUCAGCAAUGCUUCACGCAUCCCUUUCUCUCUUAUCUUCCAAUCCUUCUACGGCUUUACCAAAAGGAUGGAACAUUGAAUCUCCUCUUAUACUCCCCACCACUCCCGUAAGAACAUUCAAAGAUCUCACUUUACCACGCACAGAAGCAGUGUUGGCCCUUUCGGCAUUAGCGACUUCCAGAAGGAAUCUGGUUCAGUUAUUCACUUUGUUAUCAUUUGUGCUUUUGGUACAUCUGACACGAUCUCUUUGGCACGAAAAAAGACUCUGUAGAUGUAAUACAUCAAAUUCGACCCUGGGAUCAAAUUCCGGAUUGACCACUGGAUCAGGGGUACAAGAAAAGGAGAAAGAGAAAGAGAAAGAGGGAAAUGCUGUGGGAUUGUAUUGGGUCAAAAGAGGGGAAUGGAAGAGAACUGGAAGUGUGGUAGGAUUUUCUUUUUUAGUUACGGGUUGUUGUGUGGUAGUUAAGAUUGUUACUGCUAUCAUUGGAAGAGGAGUAUGGAGUGACAUGUCACCAUCAGAUAUCAUCAUCGCUACCCUUUUCUACCAAUUCAGUCUUUAUGUCUGUGUUCGUCUUGCUCGUAAAGGAUUCACUUUGGGUGAACUUGGUGUCGUAUGUAAUGCCGCCACUGCGUUAUUCAUGGAGACUAUCAAUAUGACUCGUAUGAAGAUAACACUCCUCGCUACACCUUACAUCAAAACCUACCGUCUCCCAACUCCUCUUCUGACAUUUCAACUCGCUCUAAUCCCCGGUUCUCUUCUAGCCGGCUUCCUUCUCUCCCCUCUCCUCGUCCUUUCACGUCAUCUAGCUCAAAAACCAGCACAUCGUCUACGUUUCCCACAUGAAAAACCCAUUCAUCGUCGUCUUCUCGCUUUAGGAUUCUACGCCGGUGUAUGUUUGGUUUGUGGAGGUAUAGUGGGUCUUUGGACAAGAUGGUGUUUGAAUUGGAGAGAUCCAUGGUUUUGGGUACUACGUUUCCUUCUCGAUGGGAAACAUUCAUGGACCAGACCUGCUCUUUUGUCCUAUUGGGGAUUAUUAGCUAUGGUUUCUGUGGCUGGUUGGAGCAGACAAUUAAUCAGAGCUAGAAGACAUAGAAGGUAUGUCGUAGGUAACGUUAAUGGUGGUGGAGUAGGGAUAGGAAAGAAUGGGAUUGGGAUUGGGAAUGGAGGUGCAGGUGGGAGUGGUGGUGGUGGUGGUAAAGAUGGUAUGGGAGAUGGAAGUUUGACCGGGGUGGCAAGUCAAAUGAUGGAUGCUGCGGAUCAAAGAAUACCAACUUUGAGCGUUAAUUCAAGAAGAAAGUUUUUUCAUGCUCUAGCUGUCAUCAUGUUCGUUCCCGGUAUAGCGGUUGAUCCAGUAUUCACACAUCUUUCCUUUUCCGUUGCUUUCGCCCUGUUCAAUUUCGCAGAAUAUAUCCGAUAUUUCGCACUUUGGCCAUUCGGCGUAUCAGUUCAUUUAUUCUUGAACGAAUUCCUCGACCAUAAAGAUUCCGGAACGGCAAUAUUGAGUCAUUUUUAUUUAUUAGCUGGUUGUGCGGCACCUUUAUGGUUGGAAGGAUCUUCUAGUGUCAUGGCGAAUUUCGGUGUGUUGGCGGUGGGUGUCGGGGAUGCUCUGGCUUCUAUAGUAGGUAAACGUCUUGGACAUCUACGUUGGACAUCAAGUGGGAAAACGAUAGAAGGUAGUAUGGCAUUCUUCCUUUCUGUUUUACUAUCAACCGUGGUGUUGUGGAUGAUGGGUUUGGUUGGUGAUUUCAAUAUUUCAGCAUAUACACUUACCACAUCACUCGUCACUCUACUCGAAGCUUUCUCUGCUCAAAAUGAUAACCUGAUUUUACCCCUGUUUGGUUGGGCUGUAGGAACUUUGUUAGGGGUAUAA